GGGUUCACAGAUCAGGUAGACGUGGUCAUUGACGGCGUAGGUGGUGCCGUCAUCGGCUCUGAGUUUGCCAUCUUUCAGAUAGGCGCCACGGCUCUCGAAACUGACCAUGUUGGUUUCGGCCGGGUUGUACGCCAGUCCUGGGGCCGUCGUAAAGAUCUUCUUGGCUGCAUUCCCACUCGCAGCAUUGGAGGUGGUGGAACUGGCCGGCUGUUUCCGUUUCCUGGAAGAAGAGUUGGCUGAGGCGGGUGCCGCCCCCUCCUCGAACUUGGCGGAAAAUGAAGAAGUGCCAGGAAUCAAGUCUUUGGCAGCAGCCGCGCCAUUGGCACCAUUGACCGCCGUUAGACUCUUCCGCGACGUUGCCGAUGAGACGGGCUCCUCACUGUCGGCUUUGACGCCAUUGACGAAGCUGCCGGAAACACCGCUACUCCGUUUGGCGGAUUUGGAAACUGGUUGGGCGAUCUCCAGGUCAACAUCGAUGUCGCGGUCUUCCGCAUAAUUGGGGCGGGG